AAAAGAGAAAAAGGCUGGACUGGACAGACUUGCUGUUUCCCCUUUUUGUUUACUCCACACUCGAGUCUCGAGUGAGAGAGAGCUGAAGAAAGUGCUCUCAGCUCCCUCUCGCGCUCUCUGCCGAAAAAUCACAGCACGAAAGCUUCAGUAGAAACGAAGAGGAAUCUAAUUGACGAGGAAAUGAACAGUUCCGACGACGCCAAGCGAAUCAUCUCCGGAAAUCUACCAGGGAAGCCCGGCGUCGAUGAUCGGAGACUCGCGACUGUCGACCCCGCCGCUGCUCCCACCGUCGGCAAGAAAAUCGUCAUCAAGAACGCCGACAUGAAGGAGGACAUGCAGAAAGAGGCUGUGGAGAUUGCCAUCUCCGCGUUCGAGAAGCUGAAUGUGGAGAAGGAUGUGGCGGAGUACAUAAAGAAGGAGUUCGACCGGAAGCACGGACCUACUUGGCAUUGUAUCGUCGGCCGGAAUUUCGGUAAUCCUAAUCUGAUUUCCCCGCUUUGCUUUAUUGUUUACCUGGAGGUUCAUACGUGACCCACGAGACGAAUCACUUUGUCUAUUUCUACUUGGACCAGAAGGCAGUCUUGCUCUUCAAAUCUGGCUGAGCUCGGUCCCCAUUUUAACCAGCCGCGGGGACACAGACAUCGAAGAUGGCGACAUCAUGAGCGAUCAACCACGCCUUGUACGUAUCAGAAAAAAAAACGUAAAACCAGAGAAUUUUCUUGCUAGACAUUCUUGUUGUUGUGUGGAUGGAUCCAUUUGUAUAUCUCUUGAUGUUGCCUUAGGGAUGUUGCCUUAGGGAAAAGAAUGGGCGUUCAGCUACGUGGACUACUUACUUUAAAGUGUCAUGCCCUCUGUCAGUUUACCGCUUGUCUCUUCUUUUGUUCUCUCUACUGCCUCUGAUGUUGUAGACAGUCAGUCAUAUACUCCUCAUUACAUGAAGUAUGGAAGUAAAAUCUCCCCUAUAAUUUUCAUUCA